GAGAUAAAAGAAAAACUCUUUCCUCUGAUUUCCCAUUUAUUCAUUCAGUUGUUUGCUAUAAUGAGCACACAUACCUUCUUUUAAUGGACUUGUGAACCACAGCUAUGGGUCACACACUUGGAAUAAAGUAGAAAGCCAUGAACAAGACACAAAUAAUAUUUAUGAUUAAAUACAAUGAAGUCAUCGAGUAUUGGAAUUGUCAAUUUAGGUCCCUCAUUGGUCAGCGUGGAAGAUUCCAUGAAAGCUCAGAGGAUAUGUAAUUUAGCUUUGGCAUUGGAUGGGGGAGGAGUUAGAACAAACUUCCCUAAAGAGGUAACCCAUAAGCCAAUCUUUGAACAAUGAAUAGACAUUAGUAAGGCAAAGAAUACUGAGGCGGUCGGGAGGUGGAGCGGGAUAACUUGGGCAGAUAUCGGUUUUCUGAUCUUGUGGCCCAUCUAGCUGAGAAUACCAUGAGGCUCUCCUAACACCACAGCUGGGAACAAGUCUUAUAGGAUUUUAUCCUUUUCUUACAUCAUUUUAUUCAUUAACAGGAAAGCAGUCUUAUCAUCUGUGAUGCCGGGGCCACCCUACAACCACACAAUGGAAACCCCUGCCACCUUCUUCCUUGUGGGUAUCCCAGGUUUGCAGCCUUCACAUCGUUGGUUGGCUAUUCCACUGAGUGCCAUGUAUGCCACAGCCCUGUUAGGAAACACCCUCAUAGUGACAGUAAUCUGGAUGGAUUCCACUCUACAAGAGCCCAUGUACUGCUUCCUGUGUGUUCUGGCUGCUGUAGACAUUGUUAUGGCUUCCUCUGUAGUGCCCAAGAUGAUAAGCAUCUUCUCCUCAGGAGACGGCUCUAUCAGCUUUAAUGCCUGUUUCACUCAGAUGUAUUUUGUCCAUGCAGCCACAGCUAUGGAGACAGGGCUGCUGCUGGCCAUGGCUUUUGACCGCUAUGUAGCUAUCUGUAAGCCCCUUCACUACAAGAGAAUUCUCACACCUCAAGUGAUGCUGGGAAUGAGCGUGACCAUCACCAUCAGAGCUGUCAUAUUCAUGACUCCAUUAAGUUGGAUGGUGAGUCAUCUACCUUUCUGUGGCUCCAAUGUGGUUCUCCAUUCAUACUGUGAACACAUAGCUGUGGCCAAGUUGGCAUGCGCCGACCCCAUGCCCAGUAGUCUCUAUAGUCUGAUUGGUUCUUCCAUUAUUGUGUGCUCUGAUGUGGCCUUCAUUGCUGCUUCUUAUAACCUGAUUCUUCAGGCAGUAUUUGGUCUGUCUUCAAAGAAUGCUCAGUUAAAAGCAUUAAGCACAUGUGGCUCCCAUGUGGGGGUUAUGGCUCUGUACUACCUCCCUGGGAUGGCAUCCAUCUAUGUGGCCUGGCUAGGGAAGGACACAGUGCCUUUGCACACCCAAGUGCUGUUAGCUGACUUGUACCUGGUCAUCCCACCCACCUUAAACCCCAUCAUCUAUGGCCUGAGGACCAAACAAAUACGGGAGCGAAUAGGUAGCUUGCUGAUGCACUGCCUCUUUGACCACUCCAACCUGGGUUCAUGAACACAAAGUCUAUUCAGACCCUAUUCAGAUCAUUCCAGCCAACUUCAUAGAUGCCUUAAGAUCUGCGGAGCUGAUUUGGUUGACCUGGCACAAUAGGAGUUCUAAGAUGAAGCUAUAAAGGGUAUCUUUGCAUAACUUUCCAAUUUCUAGCAAGGAUGUGAAUAAAAUAAUUAUUUUCUGGCAUUUUUAAUGGUUUCAAUCAAUUAGAAUCUGAAUCAGAAAUAAGCGGGCAGAGAAUAAAUAUAUGGGAUUUUUCUUUCCUUACCUUCUGACCCAUAUUCCCAAUUUAAUAUCCUACUGAUCCCUCUGCAGAAGAAACCAACUGUUUGGUCCCCUCAUACCUGGCUGACUUUCUCAGAAUUGCUCAUCUCCUUAUGUGAUUAUAUGGAAGCAACUGUUAAUAUAUGACCCUGCCUUCUGGGCCACUGACAAAUCCACUCAACUUGGGUGAUGUGCUCACACCUGGACCAGAGUCCUUCUCCAGUCAAAACGGAUUCCAGAUUAUCUGAGGAGAUAUAAAUUUGGGAUGGUGGCCAUUUUCCAACACAUAAACUUGGAUGGAGAAACCUGUUGCACAGCAAGAGAAGCAGAUUAGCAAGAUGGGAUGAAGAAACUGAGUCUAUGGUUCUCUCAUUCCAAUUCAUUUUGGACACACAGGUAUACCCCUAUUACUAAGUUCUGUAAGUUCUCUAUGCCAUUUUAAUAUAUCGCCUACUGUUAAGCUAGUUGGCGUCAGUGUACUAAUCACAGCUUUUUGUUUUUAAGCAAUGGAAGCUAACAAUUUGGGUUUGGACAUCAUUUGCUUUUCUUACUAGUCCUGUCUGUGUAACUUACGUGUAAGACACGAAAGAGAGGAACCACGUAUAACACAGGUCUUUCUUCUUUUGGAUCCUUUAAGGAGGUGGCUCGGGGGUGAAAAGGUUAACAGAGAACAAUAUCAAUAAUGAAGCUGAAAUGUUUCUACUCUUCUCUAGGUCACCAGAUAUUUAUUAUUAUUUUGUACUUUCCCCUUUCGGGAAGUCGUAAACUGAAUCAGUAUAUGUUAAAAGAAGAUUUCAUAUGUAAGAGAUACAUAUAUUUGACUCUGGUAAAUCUGAAAAUCUUAAUAAAAGAUAAUUUCCUAACAUGUUGAUAACAAGAUAUUAUACCUGAGUCUUAAUAUCUCCUUUGUAUUUGUAGGAUAAAAAUGUUAAUUCAUAGAGGUUAUUGAACAUUAACUAAAAUCAGGAAAGCACAUAAUACAACAUCAACAUAUCAUAUGUACCAAAAAAAUAUACCCAACAGAUUUCAAAUUCUAUUUUAAGAGGUAGUUGUAGGCACCAUUGAAACUGCAGUCCUGUGAAAAUCAGCACUUGUGUGGUAAUUCUUCCAAACAGAUCUGCUUCUUAUUGCUUAGCAUCCAUAACUUUUGCUCAUGUUGGACUUGUUUACCUACUAGAAUGUAUUGUUUCUGAAUACCAGUGAAGUAGGAAUCUGCUUCUAUAAAUCUGAUAAUAAUGUACUGAGUUCCCAAAGAACAGUACAAAGAAUUUCUCCUCUUGCAACCCCCUAACACAAAAACAAAUCAAGAUCAUGAGGUGGUUAAGCAUAUUUGAUAAGAUUUCCAUUUUAAAAAGUCACACUAUUUUUUUCUCCAUAAGGAACCCAAAGAAUUGGCUAUGCCCAUUAAAUAAAAAAGUACUAGGUGCAUUAAAGAAUCUGAUGUAAAGCAACAAAGGUAUAGUGCAGCUUGCAUCCAAAAUGGAAAUUUCUUUCCAGCAUUUCCAUCAGAAGCCUGUCCUGCUUUGUGUUUCGUUCAUAUUAGUAUUCUCUGAAACUACCUGGCACUCACUGUUAAUAAUUAUUUAUUGAACUACACACUUUCCAAAGUGGACUGGUUCCCUUCCAUGGUUAUCCCCAAACAGAAAAUCCUGUUUCUCCUGGUACAGUCACAUACACCCCUGCCCUGUCUCAUGAAGCAAUGUUAAAUGCUAAUUUAACUACUGCCUGUGACUCAUAGUAGAUGCUCAACGUUUGGAUUUUAAGAGAUUACAACCAGUCCUGCUUUAAAAAAAAAAAAGGGGAAAUUGGAUUUCCUGUGGAUUGUGAACUGAAGGAUUUACCUUGUGUCUCUUCCUUUUGUAGGACUCAAGCAUUUUACCUUUAGUAACCUUUUCCCUCAAGGCUCAGGCAUUGCACCCCCUGGUUUCCGUUAGGAAAACAAGGAUGGGCAGAGCUCAUUCCUGCCUCCUACCUUGUAGUGACUGAUCGCGUUAAGUUGGAGGUGUUAUCGUAGUCAUUUCAGGGGAUGUGAAAUGACUACCCUCCACACGGCUACCUGUCUCUUCCCCUUCUGGACCACUUUUGUAAUUAUCCAUCAAAUUAAUUGCGAACAGGAUUAUAAUUAAAUAUCAUCUAUUCUUUCAUGCCUUUAUGAGGCAAGAAGAGUUUAUUUUUGUUUUGAUUCACACGCACGCACACGCGCACACACACACACUAGACUUGGGGUACAAUGGUGAACUAGACAAAUAAGGUUCUUGUCUUCAUGGGAUUCUUAGAAGAGACGUGUAAACAACUACCCUAGAGAAACGGGUUUUCAUAUACUUAAGAACUUCAAUCUUCUUAUCUGGUCUUAAAAAUCAAGAUAUAUGAAAUAAACAAUGUGGCAUCAUUUAACCUUAUAAUUCUUGUAACAAAUAAGCACCCAAAUCAGCUUAUAAAUGUAAUAAACACUCCCAAACACCCAAAUAGUACAUUACAAAUGAAGCCAUUCCACUCUUUAAUUCAUUCUAGGUUUGAAUGAAUUCAUCACCUAAUAAUCCUCUUUUCUUGGAACCUUUCAAGUUUUGUCCUAAAAAUCCAUAGUAAAAGAACAAUACUGGUUUGGUCCCUACCUUCUUCUGCUAAGUGUGGACAUACAACUGGAAGCGCUUCCUAAAGAUCUAUUUCUCAAGUCUAUAAACAAUUCCCCAGGCAUUCUACCCUCCACACAGCUACCUGCCUACUUGCCUCUUCCCAUUCCGGACCACUUGUGAAUUCUCCCCCCAACUUCCUCCCCUCUGCCACACACACACACACACACACACACACACACACACACACACACACGGCCUCUCUAAUGUAGGUCAGCUCAACCCUUUGCCAAGACCAGGUCUGUGACUUCCUAGUUCAUUCUCCUUCUACUGCUAAUGCUCAAGGAGCCACUU